CCAAAACCUGCCUUCACGCCGCGGCAGCGAAGAGCGAGCUGAGACGGGCCAUGGCGGGAUGAGAUGCAUUCCACUCCUGACCCUUGCAAGCCUCCCAGGCGGCUUUGGCUUCGAGCCGGCCGCUUUUCGAGGCUAUUGUGGUCACGGACCUUGGGUCGCAGAGCCACAGAGUGGCUGCGAGGGAUGCGAGCUGGUGCAAGUGCAGGUGAUCCACCGCCACGGCGCACGGACCCUGUGGGCGCCGCUGGACUGCUGGGCGGCGGCGCCCUCCGGGCCACCGGAGAUGCCGCAGUUCCAGUGUGAUUUGCCAUUCUCUAUCGGCACUGGACGCAGCAGGCAUCGCCUUCAAAAGCAUUACCUGACUGCUGGGAACUGUGGUACCGGAUCCUUGCUGGGCCAAGCGGAACGCCAGUUCCAGCAGCUGGCCGAAGCCUUGAACCGAAGCUACGGAGAGCUCAGCUGGUGGGGCGAGGAGGCCACCCGACUCUACUCCUGUGACAACGAGCGGAACCUGGGUAGCUUGGACCUCCUGAGCUCCUUCCUCUUCCCGCGAAGCCUUCAGGCCACGGUGAACACGAUGCCUCCCAAGGAGGAUCCCUUUCAACUGCCCGGCCGCAUUGCCACCUCGCCCUGUGAUGGCUCGGUGCUCCCCACGCUGAAGGAGAUCCGAGCGGAGAGGCCCUUCCGAGACUUUGUGACUUGGAAUCAUAUGCUCUAUGAUUGUGUCCUUUCAGCUCGCUGCGCAGGCGUCCGGCUGCCCGAGAGCAUUUCGGAGGAACUGGCUGACGAGGCGCUGGCGUGGGGCUUUCGGCAGCAAUUGGCGGCGGUGUUCCACAGCAACUGGACCACCUGGGCCGCCUCCAAAGCGUGGCACGCUGUGGUGGAGCAGAUGAGGAAUGCCAGUGAAAAGGGCUGGCCAAGGCUUGCAAUAUGGUCCACUCAUGAUAGCACCAUGAUUUACAUGCUCCAUGCGCUUCAAGCUUGGGAUCGGAUUUGGCCGGGCUAUGCCACUGCAGUGGUUCUGGAGCUCUAUGCCAGCGGAUCGGAGCUCUUCGUGCGAAUGGUCCGAGACGGAAAGCCCUUGGUCCUCUCAAGCUGCGAUCACAAGGUACUGUGCCCAUGGCCUAGAUUCUUGCACAUGGUGCACAGCACUGUUCCUCCUUGCGACAUGUUGCCACCCGCCGUGGACGGAGCAGAACGAGUGGAGCAGGCAGCACCGCUCCCUAUGGGCUCGGCGCUCGGUGUGGCGGCGCUCGGCACGAGCGCGGCGUUCCUUGCGGCGCUCCUCGCGGCAGCGCGCCGGCGAGGCCAACGGCAGGUGCUUGCAGAGGCCUUGUUGUGAGAAAAAGCCUCCGGGGUCUUGGAACGUGGCAGUUGAGAUGCGGUGGCAUGCU